CACAACGGGAAAGUUUAGUCGAGAGCUGAUGUCACAGAGAGGUAGGUUAUAAGGGAAAUGCAGCUCCAGCCUCCUCAGACACUGGUGUCGUCCCUUUAACAGCGCGUGUGUAAGCGUGUCACGGACUACAGGCAAAGCGGCAACUGGCGGCACAGAUGAAGCUGCUUCUCUCUCUCCUUUUGGCCCUGUGCUGGGCCUCCUGCCAAGGAAACCAAAUUAAAUGCAAAGACCCCAGUGAAGAGUAUCUGAAGAACAAACUCUUCCGCCAUGCACCCGAUGCUCAAAUACUGCUCUUCAAGCCUGAUAUCAGCCCAGACCAGGAGUUAAGGACAUGCCCCAAAAGUGUGAACCACAGCUCAACUCUCAUCCAAGAACGAAGCAUCUCACCAUGGUCGUACAGAAUCAACGAAAAUGUAAACCGCUACCCAAAACAGAUAUUGGAGGCCUACUGCCUAUGCAAAGGCUGCAUUUCAUCUCACAACAAGGGGCAAACCACAGUGGUCAGCGUGCCAUUCGAUAAAGAGGUGCCCGUCUUGCACAAGACCCCCAAGUGUAAGAAAGGGCGCUUUGUCUACAAGCUUCGGUUCAUACGGAUAGCCCAACUGUGCAUCUGUCGGUUUCACUGAGAUGGAUGGGGGGGCUGUUUGGGCCUCAGUGUAAUUGAAAUGCCAGGGUCUGUUUUGAAUCCCAGUCCAGAUCUGCUCCGGAGCUUCUCUUUUAGACAGCCUCUAAGGAAAUAGUUUGAUCUAAGCAGAAAAGCUACUGUGCUGAUUAAUAAAAUCUUAAGCAUUUCUGUACCUAAAACACUGUUUAUGCAUAUAACACCCCAAUAGGACGGACUCAAGAAAGGGUGGGACUUGCUGAGAAAUAGGUGGAGCUUGAGAAAGGCCAUGGCUGGGUAUAAUAGUUGUGGUUUUGGGUGUGGCCUAAAAAUUCCCAAUAUUGUUAUAAUGAUGGCCUGAAAUGAAAACGAGAGCAAUAACUCUCAUCACGCUGCACCAAUGCUGGCUGCUCACAAUGGAACUGGUUAAACCCAUAUCUUCAUACAAUUUGUAUAGCUAAAAGGCCAGUCUGUAGCGCUACAUACUUGUACAUAAAUAGUGUGGAGGUUUCUUUUUUUAAUGUAAAAUAAAUUGUCCCUGAGUGUUCCACUUCAGCAUACACAGGGGAACUGUACCUCCCAUAAAGAUGUUUAUUAUAUGUAAAAUCAUUUGUAGGCACUAUUGAGAACUUUUACAUUUUUGGUCAAGUUGAUAUAUUUUUGUAUGCUUUGUAAUAUAUAUAUAUAUAUAUCUUUGCUUAAAUUUAUAAAUGACUCAUUGUGAAUUUGA